CCCCUCAACAAAUGGCAGGCACGUAAACAAAGAUUUAAAUUCCAACAACAACAAUCUUCCACAUUGGUAGGCCUAUCCUUCCUUAAUCUAAGAUGGACAGCCCAGACGAGGGGGAGGGAACCACCGUAGACGGAGUCUCCAGUGGACGGAGAUUACGAGCACGGCCCUCCAAAGUGGAAACUGAUAAUGAAGUGUCGGAGAGUGGCAGAGGCCGAGCUAAACACAAGAAAAGGAAGGCAGAAGUAAAUAUUGAAAGUCUGUAUUUGCAAGAAAAUAAUAGAGAAGUUUGUCCAACGCCUCUGGAAACUAUUUACGAGACCCCCCAGAAGCAGCGCAAGAGUGGACAAAGGAAGGGCAGUGCAAGCAGAAGAACUAGUGAAGAUGAGGAGACAAGACAGUUGAGCAUGAGAAGCAGUGAUGACUUAUCUACAAGCACAGUAAUGAGUGGGAAAAAAAUAAAGCGUUUGUGUAUGUUUACAAGCCACUACUACCCGACCAAACAGAAAGUGCGCCUGAGAAAAGACCGUGCCCGGAAGAUGAAGCAACUUAAAGGUGUUAAGAUUCCUAAGGGCUCUGCAGUAUCUGUCCAAGAUGUCAAGGAAGUCCUAGCAAAAUUGUCUGAUGAUGAAUCCGAACAAAAUGAGAAUAAUCAAAAUACCAGUAACUGCAGUAUGUUAAGUAUGAAUUCAUCUGUUAGCUUUUAUGUAGGAAAUAUAAUUAGACCAGACACAAAUGAUGAAAAUUUUCAAGGUAUGAUUGAGGACCUGCAAGCACUUCAGUUCAACCUACCCAAGGAGAGUAUUGCUGAGGAGAACCCAACCAGGGAAGUAACAGACCCAGUAUUAGCAGCUCUGUAUAAUCUAGACGACCCUAUCCCAUUCUUAGAUGAGAUUCCGAAGGCAAAACCAACCUCCCAGUCUCGAGAGAAAAAGGCAAGGCGACGAUCCAGCAAAUUGUCAGGAUGCCUUCUCCCUUCUGUGGACAGAGAGACUACAGAGCAGUCCAUGUCGUCUGGGAAGAGUGAAGAGCUGUUGCCAAAUACCAUAGACUCUAGGUUCACAGAUACAGAUCAGAUGCCAGAAAGUGUGAGUGAGACAGCACCGAGUCAGAUCACAGAACCUUGUGCCUCAGAUAUGAAUGUUGCUUCAACAGAUGCAGUCAAAGAAGAGACAAGUACUUUAAGAUGUGGAACCAAAAGGAGGAAAACCACAAAGGAGAAGCCCCUGAAGUCAUCAGGCCUGGCAAAAAGAGGAAGCGAAGUGUCCAAUUUAGAACUUGUGAAAAAGUUGAGAGGAAGUAAAAGUGCUAAUAAGAAUGAUGAUGAAGUUCACAGAUAUACUGAAUCACCAGAUUUCACAUGUAAAGGAAAUGAGCUGAAAUUUGACCCACCAGCACUAGCAGCCGCAUCAAAAGUUUCUGGCAAUGUCUUUAGUGAAGAUGACCUACCAAGUCCCACAGAUUUUAAGCCCAAAGUGACAAGAGUCAGAGGAGCAAAGCGGCAGCGAGGCAAACGAAGAGCAUCGGGAAUUCAGCGCUCUUUAUACCAUAAUCAGGCAGCAGUAGCAUUAGCUCACUGUGAGAGCAGUUCUCCAGAGAGUUUUGUCAAAGAUUCCAGUUCAGAGGAUCAGCAGACACUGAAUUCUGAAAACGGUGAACUUAUCAGAACAUCACCAACUUCACCUUCCACCCAGAUGGCAGCAUUAUCUCUUCAUUGUGACUUACCAUUCACUUCUUCAAUGCAAGAUGUAGAAACUCAGGCAGAACAGCGGAAGCAAAGAGCCAGUAGAAAAGCACGAAGACGUUCAUCUAGGAUAAGCAUAGGGGCGUCUUCACCAAGUAAAUCCAAUGAUCACAUCAAGUCCAACUUGGGUUCGUACUGGGAUACUGCAUCACCUAAAGUGUCAUCUGAGUCUUCCAAACCCAUAUUUUCAGGUGCUUCAGAGGGCUUACAUGGUGCCUCAGAAUCUGCUCCACAGCAUUUGGAGAUGCCUUACUCUGGACUUACUGCACAGGCAAUAGACAAUCGUGAAAAAGACGUUUUUUUAGUGUCACCUGUAAAUUUGCAGGAUAACAAAAUUGAUGAAGAAGAACCAUUAAGGGAAAACAUUUCUUCGCCCACAUCUAAUAGAAGUUCUGCAGUUUUCAUGGCAAAUUUACCAGAUGUACAGGAAGAUGAUGAUCAUCUUUCUGCACAUGCUAAUAGAGAUGACAAUACAGGAAAUCACAAUCUAGAGGACUAUAGUUUUACAGAACAUCGCACUCCCAGGAAGGAUGAAGAAUGUAUCUGGGAUAUGUUCAGACCAAAACCAAAACAGAAGUCCAAACAAGAAUCUACAAAAGUUCCUCUACAAAAUACUUUGAGGGGAAGAAAGUCUCCAGAUUGCAGGACAAAUGAAGGCGUUUCAAGCAGUGUGAAGAGAGGUAAUGGUAAAACAAAGUCUUUGCAGAAAGACUUAAAAAGAAAAGAUUUGGUGCUGAAGAAUCCUCCUUCAGUUGUAGACCUUCCAAACAGUGAACCAGAAGUCCAGCAUAGUGAUCAUGUGUCUUCCACUGCAGCAGGUUUCUCUGAUGUCAGUCAACAACAUUUGCUAGAAUAUAAGAGCACAGAUAUUCUUUGGGAUUCACCAGUCAUCAGUGGGAUGUUUGAUGGGAAAGCCAGUAUUCGUCUUGGCAAAAUGUAUCACAAUAAGGAAGCAGUUCCUUCCAGCCCCAUUACUACCUCCUUAAACUAUCAGCCAGUAUUAAGUACACAAACUGUAUUUUCAGCUCUACCUGCGGCUAAAUUACCUUCUCUCAUGGAAGAGCCGUCAGAGGAACUUCAGUUGAAAGAACAAAGUCAUCAACCACAAGAAAAUUUGGAAGGUUAUCAAUGAGGAAUGUCCAAGAGCUAGCACAUAUAUACUUUUUUUCUUUU